CUUUUGCAAGCUCGCUAUUCGGACUCGGAAAACGUCGAAGAAUUUCUACAAGAAAUGGUGCGCCUGCGCGAGACGCUGGCGACCAUGGGACACGCCCUGAUGGAAGAAGAGUUCGCGAUCACGCUUCUCACGGCGCUACCGGACAGCUGGGACCCAAUGGUCAGCUUGAUCAAUCACGCAACAGAUCUCAAGGAUGCCAAUGAGAUCAUCGCGCGGAUCAGGCAACAUGCAAGCCGCAUCAACGACUCGGAGGUCGCGAUGGCGGUGCACGCAAAGAAGGGCAGAGGACCCCCUUUGUGCUAUACGUACGGUAAGCCCGGUCUGGCGCGCGACUGCCCUAACCACGACGCGAAGGACGCGAAGGACGCGAAGGACGCGAAGGACGCGAAGGGGAAGAAGAAGGGCAAGGGCGACAAGGACGACGGGAAGAGCGACAAGCGCAAGCCCAAGAAGGACGGGCCGAAGGCGCUGGCUGCCGAAGAAGAUGGCAGCGACAGCGACUCCGAUGAGUACACAUACGCGCUGAUCGAACAGGUCGACAGCGAUUUGGACGAGGACUCCGAGGAGCUUGCACUGGCGGCGCGGGUAGCUCGGGACGCUUGGGUAAGCGAUUCCGCUACUACGGUG